AUUUAUACGAAGUUUGUAUUUGGGUUAACGUGAUAAAUAUUUUCGACUAAUUGAUUUUGAUAUUGAAUUAACGGAAUAAUUGGAAACUGCAAUGCAGAUUUGAUUAGAUAUUUCUAACCGAAUCGAGUAUACUAAAACGGUAACAUAUUUUUCAUUUAAAUUGAGCGAAAAUCGAUUUCCAAAUACGUGCCGUAGACAUUUUAGGAGAGAUUUAAAAAAGUUCAUUUAAUAUAUUAGUUAAUGAGAAAAUUGACAAAAUUUUUGUAGAAAGUAGAUUUUGAACAAAAACAAUUUAUCAAACUAAAAUAUACUGGCAAACAGGAUUAUCAACAAAGUGAUUUUGAUGCUAUUAUAAUGAAGUAUAUUCAGAAAGAGUCCGAUUCAAGUUAUAAUAACGAAAAUGUCGUUAAAAUAAACCCGUUAGAAGAAGAAGAAGAAGAAGAAAAAAAUGGCAGCCAUUUCGAAAUAUUUAUCGGCGAUUUAUUUUUAUUUGCACAUUCAAACGUUGUUAUACGUUAAAAAAAUAUUUUAAAAAUGGAUAAUUUAAUAAUACUACUUUGUAGUUUAUUUGCUACCGGUACUACUAUAAGAGUACCAACUUGGAAUACAGUUUAUUAUAAAGAUAAUAGAUCAAACCAACCACGAUCUUUUCACGAAUUAGAUAUCCUGUUGACACCGACUAAUAACAGAUGGUCUCCAAUUACAUCAACACCAAUAAUUAAUACUUCGAAUUAUAAAAAACCGCCACCGAAACAAAUUUACCGUAAAAAGAAUAUUUACGAUAAACCAAUUCAUUAUACUAGUACAAAAAUAGAUAAUUUUGCGCAAGCGCAACCACAGAUUAAUAAUUACUUCAAUCCUUUCGAUAACGUCGCACCAAUAAAACAAAAUUUCCAACCGCAGGUUUAUACAUUCGAUAAUAAUCGAUUUUUCCAAUUUCCCACAACUACUACUAAACCUCAAUUCGAUCAAAUCCCUCGGAAACCACCAAACGCAUAUAAUUUUAAUGAUUUUAAACCAUUGGAAGAAUUAAAACAAGUUGAUGAUGUCAACAUUAACAAUAAACCGCAAUACGUCAGUCAUCUUGACAAAAAUUAUCGAGACGAUAAAACCCACGAACCGAAUCGAUACGAUACUCAUUAUAAAAACGAAGACGUUACCGAAAUCGAAAGAGAAGAAGACGAAAAAGCCCCUACGAGCUCCCACGAAAUUCCAGCCGAUAUUCCUACCAAACCUAUUUACCCGGGACAAGGUUUAUGGGCUAAACCGGGUAUUAAACAUAAACCUUUCGUUAGUAAACAAAAAUACGAUGAAUUAGAAGAAGAUAAAGUAAAACCCGACGGUUUCGAUACGUUCGAAAACGGACAAAAGAUAUUCGAUAAAGAAAAUAAAGAAUUUACAAGAAAUCUCAAACUUUUUCCAAAACAACACGAAUUUAGUGAAAAUAACGAUGAGGUUAACGAAGAUAACGAUGAAAGCGAUGAAGAAAACGAAUUUGUUCCUACGAAAUUGUACGCACAGGUUAGAGAAAUCGAAAAUACGGAAUAUUUACCGGAAGACGAAGAUGAUGGAAGAUUGCGAGAAGCGAUUAAAGAAGCCAAAACGCAUACCGUUUAUACGGAGGAAGGUUACGAAGAUAGCGCUUACGAUCACGCCGGACACGAAAAAGAAGCGGCGAACGACGAAGGUUUCGAAGAUAUCGAAAGGGAAAAAAUCGAAAAAAACGAAAAUAGACCCGCUAAUCACAAAUACAAUCUUCAUUCGCCGCGAAUUACCACCGCGAAAUUUUCUAUCGGAAACGGCGUUUUAAGCGAUGAAGAAAUAGAAAGAUUAAAAGAAGAAAAACUUAAUAUAGAAGAUACGGAUACGGCCGGAAGUCAAUUCGAAGAAAUCACGACGCGAGAACCAAUAAAAGAAAACAAAAAUUUCAUCAGUACCAAAGAAACGAAAACUACGAUGACUAAAGAGAAAGAUAACGGAAAUACAGAAACGGAAUUUUCCGGUAGAAUAGAUACUGUAUUAAAACCGAAUAACGGUACUCACAAAUACGAAAAGGUUUAUCCAAAAGUUUACAAAACGAUCCAAAGAUCUAAAACAAUACCCGUAACGGAAAAUAUUCCGAAAACAGUUAAUUUUAGCGGUAUAUUCAUCGAAGAAAUUAUAUCGAGUACACCAACUCCACCGACCGAAGAUUUACCAGAAGAAAUACCAAUAACAACUCUUCCUACUACAGCUAUACCAAAACCAAAUCAAAACAAUGAUUUAGAAGUAUUCGAUGGUUUUUUGCAUUCGAAACAAAGAGUAAAAAGAUACGCGAACGAUUUCUCAAAUCUCGGAUUAAAUUCCGAAUUCGUUCCUUCGGUUAACCACGAAUUAGGUGAAGUAAAAAAAGACGACACAAAUAAUAUAAAAUUUCCUUAUUACGAUAAAUAUAAAGAGAAAGGUUUAAACGAAAAUUCGCCUCUUAGAUACGCGGAAAAUUUACAAAACAUUCCAAAAAAAACUGGUGAAAAUAUGAUUUUCUACGAACAAGCCGAACGUAAAGUAAAAUGUCCAGAAGUACGAGAAACCGUCGACGCUAUUCCAGAAAGAGUAUUAAAAGCCGAAAACAACGAUGAUGAAGAUGAAGAAGAUGACGAAAAAAAUAUACCAAAACCAAAAAAACCGGCCGAACAACCGAAAACACCUCGAUUAACAGGUUUGGGAGAUCAAAUUGAUUGUUUGAAAAUAAGAUACUUCGGAGAAAAUCCUCUGGAUAGUCCUAUUUUCAAAGAAGAUAGUAUACAACCGCCGGUGCCUAUUUUUGAUAUUUUAAAACGUGGCAACGACGAAAAUGGAAAUAAACAACGAAAUAUUGAUAAAGUUUCAAUAAAAAACGAUAUAAACGAUGAUAAUAUCGAACCGAACAAAUUAUUAACGACACCUAAAUAUACACCAACUUUAAAACCCAAACAUACACAUCGUCAAACAGAAUUACAAGAUUUUCUUCCCGAAGAAACUAAUAUAGAAAAGGGGACAAUCAUAUAUGAAAAAUCGGACGAAUUUGUAUCAGUAAUACCGAAUUCUACGAUAAGAGACGUUAAUAAAGGACGAGAAAAACCAUUUUUAAUUUUUGACGUGAACAAAUUCAUCCCGAAUCGAUCGAACGAUGAAAAACAAAUUUCCCGACAAUCUAAAUCUGUAACCGAUGAGAACGAAGAUCAAAAAGAAAUCCUUCCGCAAGCCGAGGAAUUGAGAAGAAGAAAAAUCAAAAGAAAACGACCGCCUUUUCAAAUAUUCGACAUAAACAAAUUCCUACCUACGACGCCUUUCCCAAUAUUCAACGAAAAAAUUCCAACAAAUACAGAAUUGAAAAGUGAAGUUUCUUACAAAGACGAAAUCAAACCAAACGAACAAUUGUACGUUUUAACAGACAUUUUGAAUAAUAUCAAAAAUUCUUCUCAACAACAAUCAGUAGAUGAUGCUGCGAUUCAAUCGUCCGAAUCUGUAUAUUUCAAUUUGAAUCCCAAACCUAGCCUCUAUUAUCCUGAUACUUAUCUGCAAGCGUACGAAAAUGACAAUUAUCGUCCUCAAAUUGGUACCACUACGAUAAGACCUGCGACGUUUAAAAGAAAAACGAAAAAACAACCAGUUAGACCAACAGUAGAUCCGGCUGUGGUAAAAGAAAGAGAAGAAAAACUUAAAUUGUAUUUAUCUCUUUUAGAAGCUAAGAAAAGACAAAAAAACUCCACUACUCCAGAUUACGGUAUAACAAUACCGGUUACAGAAAAUAUUAACGAUUAUAUCGAUAAAACUACUGAAGUAAUGGGUUUGAUGCCGCCUAGUACACGACGUUAUAAAACAAUUUCGCACCCUAAAAGAGAUAAUUCCCUUCAAAUAUCGAAUUCUAUUAUAAAAAAAAUGAAUAAAUACUACGUUAUAGGAUUGAAACCGCCUCCGAAACAAAAAGUUACUUCGUAUUCCGAUUUUAUCAAAAAUAAACGUAUGUCGGUUAGAAUUAAAAGGAGUACGUCUACGUACGCAUCGUUAUCUAGGAAUAAAGAAGAAGAAAAAAAAUCAGAAGUCGUCGAUAACGAAGAAGAUGAAAAACCGCAUCGAUCGAAAAGUUAUUAUUACGACGAAAAAACUGGUAAAAUCGUAUAUAUCACUACGGAGAAACCUGAAUCUCAAGAAGAAGAAGAAUAUGAAGAAAUUACAGAACAACCUUCAUCUACUUUAAAACCGUUACAAGAUCCUGUUUUCGUUACGGCUACACCUCCACCUGAAGGUAAAAGUUACGUAGAUUUCGUAAAUAAACUCCAUGACGAAUCCGGUUAUAAAAAUAUUCCAGAUCCAACUACUACUGAAAAAGGUGAAGAAAUUAACACAAUUUCCACUACUACUAAUAUUAUAGCGAAAACUGUAUCUACUACUCCACCUCCGUUUUUAAAUAUUUUGAAUAAAAUUAGACAAAACAGCGAUUACAAAGUAAUAGAAGAUAUUAAAACUACUACUACCACUACUACGGAAAAUUACGAAGAAAUUGUUAAUGAAGAAGAAAAUAUAAAAAAUUCUCCAGGCGGUUCUAUAAAUGAGCAUUACGAACAAUUAGGUAUAUUCGACGUAUCAGAUUUUAUUCCAAAAUUGAAAAAUUAUCUACCAAAAACUUCUUACGACACGAGUAAAUACAAAACUAUUUCUAGACCGACAUCUAAACCAAUAAAGGAAGAUGAAACAGAUUCCACCACUCAAAAAGAAUUUUUAAUCAUUACCGAAGAAACUGACAACGUUAAAGAACCAAGUAUAAUAAAAGAAAAUGAAGGAAUAACUAUACAAAGGAGACGGAUGAAGACAACUACUACUACUACUACACCUAUUCCAUCUUCUACGGAACCAGUAGCGAAUAAAUUAAGAAGAAGACGUCCGAUUAUUCAUCUUCACUCGGAUGAAGAUGAAAAAAAUGUAACGAAAAUAGUUAAAAGAAGAUCCGAUAAUACCGGAACUAAUGAAACUAAAAAUGUCGUCGAGAAUUACCGCAGGAAUAAAAAAGGAAAUAACAGAAAUACGGAAAAAUCUUCUAAUAACGCAACCGUCGAAAUUAUCGCAGAUUAUGAUACAGAUAAAAAACACGGUGGUAACUAUAGAAGUAUAGAAGAAGCUCCGAGUGAAAAUAAAGUUACCGAUAAUGAAAAAAUCGCAAAUAGAUCAGAUAAAUUGAUUUUACCGAAAGAAAAUGAAGAAACGACGACAAUGAAGAUGAAUUUGCCGAAGGAAUUUACUAAAAUUGAAGAUGAUUUAAUACCAAAUAGCAGGAAACAGUCAUCGAGAGGUAACAAGCAUAAACACGUUAAUGAAACUACUCCGUCUCGUUUAACUGACAUCGUUCCUAAACCCGAAUCUUUUUACAAAGAUCCAAAUUUAUCUAAAUCGGUGAAUACGUUGGAAAUUGAGGGAAAUGAAGAACCCGAAAAAAUGCUUAAAUUCGCUUCUAAAAACAAACCAAAUAUCGUAAAAGAUCCUAGCAAAAGAUUGUAUUAUUACGCCCCUAUUUAAAUAGAUUUUCGUAAAUAUUUAUAUUUUAUAUAUUUGUUUAAUAAAUAAAUUCAAGAAUC